AAAAUAAUUAAAUAAAUAAAUAAAUGGUCUAUUCGUUCUCAUUGUUGGUUAUACAGUCUCUUGAGCAAAAUGUCUUAGCAGGACAUCUACGAGAUGAAUUUUAGGGUUUUACACUGUUCUUAAAUACGGAAGUACAUGGCAUCAAAACAAUAAUGAGAUUUUUCUCCAACAAUUCAUUAGCUUCGCAAGCUAGUUCCUCCAUUAGCUCCUUUAGUUUGGUCUUUUUCAAUCAUGUAGUCUGUCAGAUUCGGUUUCUCGCCAUCUUCAGUGGUUGUGUUGCUACAGGUAUUACAUGAUUCUGAACUCUCGAUUUUACUCAGUUCUUACAUACAGAAGUUACAGUUACAUACAGCAUCAAAAUAUUUUUGAAUUUUUUUCUCGAUCUUUACGAGGUGAUAAUCCUUUAGUUUCACCAUUUUCGAUCCUUUAAAUAUGUUAGAAUUGUUCAGUUUCUCGCCAUUUUCAGUGGUUGUAUUGCUACAGUUAUUAUAUGAUUGUGAACUCUCGAUUUUAGAUUUGUAGCAUCAAAAUUGUGAGAUUGUUGAGGUUUGUCGGUUUGGAUAAGUUCGUUUCCGAUCAUUUCGGUCUAUUUGUCCAUACUUUUUUGUGGUCUGCCAGAUGUGUUUCGGAUCUUCAGGUUUGUAAAGUACGAAAUUAAAAAAAUGAUUGAUUGGCCUUGCACUGCUAAUACCCAGAAACAAAAUGACCAAUACGACCAAACUGCAGGCUCAUCACUCCGUAGCCCCCAUGAAAAAAAUCUCGCUUUUUUUUUUUUUCCUUACCUGCCUCUUUCUAUUUUUUACAUUUUGUCCAACAAUUCAUUAUCUUCGGAAGCUAAUGGAUUUUUAAUGUCUGCUGCGUUAUGAACCUGUCGUUAUUUCGUUUCCGAUCACUUUGUUAUGCCUGUGUACACUUGUUUAGUUUACCACACGAGUUUCGGCUUUUGCCAUCAUAAAAGGGUGUUUGUAAAAUAAGACAUUUAAAAAAAUAGUUGGUUGGGCUCGUCUUAAUUACAACCAAGAUCAAACAUGAUAAAAAGCCAAGUUCAUCACUUCGUAUACCUCAUGUAGAAACUUUACAAUUUUCUUCUUCACUUAAGUCCAAGCGUCCCUCUCUUUGUUUUGUUAAUCCAACAAUAAUAGCUGCGAAACCACGCCGAAACAAUUGUAAGAUUUUUAAGGUAUGGGGGUUAUGUGUAGUUUCAUGAUUUACGAACAUUUGGGUCUGCCUGCCCGAACGUUUUUGACCUGUCAGUUAAGUUUCGAAUCUUGCCAUUUUCACUAGUGGGUUUGCUAAGCGAGAAAUUCAGAACAUAGAUGAUUGUCUUCCUUGUGCUUAUAGUCCAGAUACAAAAUGAUUAAACUGAUAGAUUUGACCCAACUCUUACCUGCGAAAGAUACGUGACAAUUGGGAACAUUUUUGAGUUAUGCGAGAUGACGAACCUGUAAUUAUGUUGUUUCUGAUUAUUUUGGUCUGCCUCCGCAACAUUCAUAUAUAGAUGCGUUUCGACUCUCGCCAUAUUCAGUCGUUGCCUGGUAAAGCAGGAAAUUGAAAAGAGUCGAUGCCUUGCCUCACCAUGCUUAUAACCUAGAUUUAAAAUUAGCAGCUACAGGCCUGACAAACCUAUAGAAUAAAUUUCACAAUUUCUUGUUUGCUUACCUGCACGCGUUCUCUCUUUUUUAGUUUGCCCAAAAAAUCGAGAGUUUCCUGCAAUACUUUUUAGCUUAAGCCCAACUCGACUCUGAACAUACCGAGAAACCACCAAAAUGAUCGGAGUGUGCGUAUUACAAGCUCUUCACUCCGUAGACACCAAGAAGAAAUCUCACUAUUUUCUUGUUCACUUACAUGCAAGCGUCCCUUUUUGUCAGUUUGCCCCAAAAAUCGAUAUUUUCUUGUAAUAUUGAAAUAGCCUAAACAUAGAACCGUCAAUGAAGACGGAUGUCUUAUAGACCAAAACUCCGAGACUAGGCAGUAAAUGACCGGAAAUGAUCAAACUUCAGAUCAAAGACAUUGUUAAUUUUAACUUGCGGUAUAUUUUACCCACUGGACGAAGAAAUUUUUUUUAGUGAAGAUAUCACGGACGGGAUAAUUAAUACUGAUUCAAUAACUAUUUGUUGUUGUUUAUUGUCUUGAGUUUGAUAUAUCUUCCGAUGGUGGCGAUUUCUAGAUCAAGAUAGAUCAAGACUUAGUAAUGAGCCGCGGAUUCCUAAUGAGAAACUAGUUGCUAAAUUCUUAUUCAUAUUUGUAAUGGUUUGAGGGUGGUCUCGAAGAACAUGUUCCAUUGUGCAAGUAGUGACAUGGUGGGCACCGAAGGUACAUCCGGACCUCUUGAGGCAGUACAACAAGCGAGAAACCCUUUGCUCUGUUAUUUGUGCAAGGACUACUUUUCUGAACCCUGUCUUCUCAGUUGCUACCACACUUUUUGUGCCCAAUGUCUUCAAAACAAAAUCACGGACAACAAAAUCAACUGCCCCAUAUGCGGAAGCACGACUCAGUUGAAAGACAACUGCCAGUUGCCUCCGCCGGACACACUGAUGAGGCAUCUCAUCGACCUGGCCAAUACCGACAAUCCUCCUUGUUCCAACUGCGACAAGAGAGACCGACCUUCCAUGUUUUUCUGCAGCACCUGCGGCCAGGCGCUUUGUACGCAUUGUCGAGAAAACACCCACCGAGCGAAGAUGUUUUCCACGCACGAUGUAGUGCACAUGUCGAAAUGCGCCAAAGAUGGUCAUAGACGUUGUGUCGCACACGGAGAGCAAUAUAUUAUGUUUUCCAAUUCGCAAAGGGCGAUGCUCUGUGUCAACUGCUUCCGAGACACUCCUUCAGAAGCAAGACUCCACUGCGUAGACAUCGACACGGCUUAUGCUCAGGGUUGCAAGAAUCUUGAACGUUCCCUUUUGUCGGUUAGGGAGACACAAGGCUUAGUUAGGUCAGGGGUCGUGGCAUGCCGGACGUUACUAGACGAACUUCACCACAACACGAAUACUGAAAAAUCCACAAUACACUCGUUUUGCCAAGGAAUGCAGGACUCUAUCGCGAAAACUCAGGCUGCGAUGUUACUUGAGGUUCAAAGGCAAUACGAGAGCAAAGAAAGAGUCCUUCAUUCUCAACUCGUCAAUUUAAGCAGCGUGAUUCCAGUUCUUCAGGCACACCUCAUCCUUUGCCACACUUUCUCAGGCAUGGCGACAAAGUUUCAGUUUUUAGAUCUUGUUUACGCCAUGAUCGACCGUCUGAAUAGCAUAUCCCAGCUCUCUCAACCUAUCAGGCCACUUCAGUCAAGCCUGAUCAAAACGAACUAUAAAUCCGAGUUUGCGCAGAGUUUAGAGCCAUGGAUCGGAAAACCGCUCCCACCAAUACCCAGUACUCAAACUACCCAAGGUGGCACUGAAGAAAAUACCACUCCUGGAGGAAGUCAGAAAAAGCAAAUUACAAAAUUAAAAUCACUUGAUGAAGGGCAGUUCACAAACCAUUGCAGGACUUUUGAAACACAGAUGAAGGAACUAGGAGCAGAAGUGACAGGAGUAAAAGAGAGAUUGACUCAGCUUCAAAGAGAUGUGGCAGUCUUGAAACGAGCUGCAGUACAACCUCUGGCAAAGAGGCACACAAAUAUCUCUAAAGAUUGUGAGAGGUUAGAAGCCACACUCCACAGAUUCCACAUGGAACUGGACAGGAUGAGAGGCUCUUUUGAGUCUCUCUGGCAAGACCAGCUAAGGAGAAUCAGGCUUGAACAGGAUAUCUUCCAGUCCCAAAUGGGCGAGGUUGUUAGGAUAAGAUGUGAGGUGAAGCAGCUCGCCUCAAUCACCCAAGAACUAGAGCCUUGCGUUAAACGACUUUCAAACCAAAAUUUGGACGAAAUGAUCAAUAUCAAUACACUCAUCGAUCACAUCACGAACAUGCACUCUCCUGAUAUAAAGUACAUCCUGGAUCACGGUUCUCAAAAGGGAUCAGCAGUGCAUUCAACAGCUACAACACCUCAGCCACCAGAAAAAGAAAUAAAAGAUAUAUGCAACGACUCGAAGACUGAUCAGUAUGUCAGGGCACAGGAUCAUAGAAUUAGGGGUGUCCUUAGCCAUAUAAUGGACAAAGUCAGGACAAAAGAAGAUCGUAAAAAAUCUCCUGUUCAGGAAGAUCGUGGUAUACUAAUCACAAGAGACAGAGAACCUUCCAAAGAAAGAAAAGAAUCUUCAGGUGCUUCGGGAAAAACGAAGGCAGAGGCGCCCAAAAGCUGCUCAAUAUACCACAGCUUAAGUGGUAAAACGCUUCAAGCUACACAGAUGCAAAGGCCAAGUGAAAAGCAAUCGGAAGAAGCGGCAUUCCUUAUGAAAAAGUGCAUUCAAGAACACCUUGAAGAGCACAUCAAACAGAAACUUGCCCAGAGAUCCAAGUCGAUCACAAAGCACAAAGAGUUCCAAGGUGAGAAGGAUGUAGCCCCAUUUACAACUAGAAGAAGAAAAAUGUCUUCAAGAAUGGACAAAGAUGAGGACAGUGAUUAUCAACAUAUAUCUGAUGCGACUACUAUCCACACACGUGCUCAUGUGCAUAAGUCAGCCACGCCUCCGGCUGUCUACCCACAUUCUGACACUGAAGAUUCCGUGUUUUAUCCAGAUACUCCAAGCUCAGGUCGUCGGUCUUCUACGGAUUUGAUGGAUAGGAGGAAGACCCUUGUAGUAGUGAUAGGCCACGGCAAGGGGAAAGGUAAGGGGCGUAUGAUGCAGAAGCAGCGUUCAUGGGAGACAUUCCCACCCAAACGCAGGAACCACCAUUACAGUUCUUCCAAAUUCUGCCACGAUCCGGAGUCUUUCAGGGGUGCCUUUGAUCUCAAUGGACUUAAAAAGGCGGAUAGUUUCGAGGGGCAUGAAGAAGCUGUGCGGACACUGGUUGCAGCGGUUCAAGAAACGAGGACAAUGAGGAAGCCAAAACCACCGACGACAAACAUGCCCGAUAACAGCUCUGCUUAAGCUAUGAGGAAAAUUUUGUCGGAGAUUUUAAAGUUUAAAAUUUAAAAUUUCUGUGAUUACCAAUAUAAAUGUUAGUCUAUUAUAAUAUGAUCCUUAGGGUUUUAAUGCCUAAAUGUUUUCAAUUAUGCUUAAAUUGAAACCAUAAAUAUAAACAAUAUGACUAUAAAAUUGAGUUUAAUAUUAUAAAUAUAUGAUAAUAUAUUACUGAUAAUUUAUAGUGUUUACAAUGAAAUUUAACCUGAAAAUAUGAUCUCAUUAACAUAAAUAUAUGAAUUUUAUCUUUUUAUUUUAUAUUUUAUUUGUUUAUUAAUUUUAUUUUUGAGUUCCUGAACAGUGUUUUUAGAAUCAGUUACAAUGCUGCUCUUUUUAAAAAAAUAAGACUUCUUUUUCCUUCUAUUAAUUUCCUUUAUAGUCAAUUAAUUGGCUUCCAUUUUUAUUUAUUCAAUAUAGUCUCAACAAAAAGUUGUUUAUCUUACAAAAUAAAAAAAAAAGAAAUAGACAGAGGAGCGUAUUUACUCGCAUUUGGCCUAUGUUGGGAUAAAAUAAUUUAUUUUAAAAAAAUUGUCUACA